AUGGCAGCAGUAACCCAAAAUGGUACUAUCGAUGGUAGUGAUUAUAAGAGGCCAGCUUACAAUGAAAUGACUAGCAAAGAUUACUAUUUCGACUCAUAUGCCCACUUUGGAAUACACGAAGAAAUGCUGAAAGAUGAAGUAAGGACGAUUACGUAUCGGAAUGCUAUUUAUCACAAUAAGCACUUGUUUAAAGACAAGGUGGUCAUGGAUGUUGGCUCAGGGACGGGUAUCUUGUCUAUGUUUGCAGCUAAGGCUGGUGCCAGGAGAGUUAUUGCAAUUGAAUUCUCGAAUAUGGCUACACAAUCAAAACAGAUUGUGAAAGAUAAUGAUUUGGAAAAUAUUAUUGAAGUUAUUCACGGAAAAGUUGAAGAUGUGAAAGAAUUGCCCGAUGGCAUUGAAAAGGUUGAUGUUAUUAUAUCCGAAUGGAUGGGUUACUGCUUAUUCUACGAAUCGAUGCUGAAUACAGUGAUUUAUGCUCGUGAUAAAUGGUUGAAAUCGGAUGGUGCCCUUUUUCCAGAUAAAGCGAAGCUCUUCUUGUGUGCUAUUGAAGAUCGGCAAUAUAAAGAGGAUAAAAUCAAUUGGUGGGAUAAUGUUUAUGGUUUUAAUAUGUCGAGUAUUCGUCGUGUAGCCAUCACAGAACCAUUAGUAGAUGUUGUUGAUCACGCUCAAGUUGUUACCAACAACUGCUUGAUUUGUGAUGUCGAUUUGUAUACCGUUAAAGUGGAAGACCUAACGUGGACAAAUAAUUUCUCCCUACGAAUAACAAGAAAUGAUUAUGUCCAAGCGCUGGUCACAUUCUUCACAGUUGAAUUUUCCAAAUGCCAUAAGCGGACCGGUUUUUCAACCGGGCCCGACUGUCAGUAUACUCAUUGGAAACAAACAGUAUUUUAUUUACAGGAUGCACUAACCUGUAAGAAGAACGAAGAGAUUACAGGAACGUUUUCAAUAGCACCAAAUGCUCGAAAUGAGAGAGAUUUAGAUUUCAAAAUCUCUGUUAAAUUUCAUGGUGAUGUAUGCGAUGUGGAAGAGGAAAAUACCUACACCAUGCAUUGA